AUGGGAAAGAAAGCAGCCGCAGCAGCCGCAAGUUCGAACAUCCAGCGUUCCAUCACGUCAUUUUUUGGUGGAACGACAGCGUCCACUUCGAAAGGAACGAAGCGCCAAGCCGCAGCUGAGAAAGAAGUCGAGGAAGUCGCGGAACCGUUGGCCAAGUCGGUGAAAAAGCGAAAAACUGAUUGUACUGGCGAAAAAGAUGCGAAAACUGGUAGAAGCGACGAAAAAGUAGGUAUAAGCGACGAAAAAGAUGGAUUUAACGAUGUAAAAGCGAGCGAGGCCACAGACGAAGUUGAAGAUAACAAACCGGCUAGCAAAAGCACGACGAAACCUGGUCGUCGUCGUCUGCGACAACGCGACGUGAAGGAUGAGGAAGAAGAGAGUGACGUGGACAUGCCACUGGGCGUAAUGGACUCGAGGCGGGAGGCAGACGAGGUGAUUGACAUGACAAAGUCACCGGUGGCGCUGGAAAAAGUCGAAACCUGUGACGAGAAAACGGUGGAAACGCUGGCAAAUGUCGAGAAGAAGGGGAAGAGGACCGUAAAGAAGGAAACGGAGAUUAAGAAGAAUGAAGUAGUGACGUUGUCCAGUCUGGAGAAUAAAGACGUGCACAAGGCGGUGGGCGGUGACGUGCACGAAAUUGGAUUUGUGGCAGACGCUGGAAACGAUGAGGGCAAGAAAGACACUGCAGCGUCAUCGAAGACUGCUGCCCUUAUAGCUAUUAAAAGCGAAACGAGCGAGAUUCAAGUAGACUCAAGUGCUGACUUAAAGCCGUUGGCGAAUGCGAGUGGAGAAAGUAAAGAAACGAAAGCAGAGAGCGACGGACGCCGUGAGACUCCGUACUUUGCUCUCGCGCAUCUGUUUGCCAAAAUCGAAGAAGUCUCCGGCCGCCUCGUUAUCCAGGAUCUGCUGACGGCAUUCUUCCGCGAUGUCAUUUGCCGCGCUCCAGAUGAUUUGUUGGCGUGCAUCUAUCUGUGCGUAUGUGUGGACCUGGCCCCGCCCUUCGAAAACCUGAAAAUUGGUAUCGGCGACGCUAUUCUGAUGAAAGCUAUCGGCGAGGCCACGGGCGCAAAUGCCAAAUUUAUCAAAGAGAUGUACCACAAGGAAGGCGAUCUGGGCAAGGUAGCACAGAAUGCGCGCUCGAAGCAAAAGACGCUGUCGUUUGCGUCUCUCACACCGGCUACGUCUAAAUGUAGCGACCUCACCGUAUGUUAUGUGUACAACCAGUUCGUGAAGAUUGCGAAGAUGACUGGCAAUAAUUCUCAACAGCAAAAGUGCUCGAUUAUCAAGGGCUUGCUAGUAAAAUGUGAGAAGGAAAAGACGUCCCGAGACAAGGAUGCACAGUCAGCUGAAGGAGCAAAGUACAUUAUUCGUGGACUGCAGGGUAAGCUUCGUAUUGGACUGGCAGAAAAGUCGAUUUUAAUGGGCUUGACAUACGCGUUCAUGACGGACGAGGAUUACAAAGAUAAAGAUAAACAACAGGAGGCUUUGACAUUCGUCAAGAAGGCUUUUGCAGAAUGUCCAAGCUACAACGCGUUGGUUGCAGCGUUUUAUGGUGUUCAAAAAGUGGUCCCUUCCGCCCCUUUCCUUCGCGCGAAAGACUUUGCACUGGUUGCCGAAAAGUGUGUACUGACACCAGGCACACCAGUGUCUCCCAUGCUUGCUCGUCCAACUAAGGCGUACGCUAUGGUGUUCGAUCGCUUUGAAGGUAAGCCGUUUACGUGUGAAUACAAGUAUGAUGGUGAGCGCGCGCAGAUACACAUCCUUUCGAACGGAAAAAUGGCGAUAUUCUCGCGCAACUUCGAGAACUCUACCGAGCGAUUUCCUGACGUCGAUUUAGCCGUCUCAAAAGCUGCUAAAAAAGGUGUCGUUGAAAGCUGCAUCGUUGACGCUGAGGUGGUUGCCGUUGAUCGUGCUACGAACAAGCGCCUACCUUUCCAGAUUCUGAGCACGCGUUCUCGUAAGAACGUGAAAAUCGAAGAUAUAAAAGUUCCUGUGUGUAUCUAUGCGUUUGACUUGCUGUUUCUCAACGGAGAGUCACUCCUCAGCACCCCGCUGGCAAAUCGCCGUGGUAAACUGCGCGAAUUGUUUGAAGUGAAUCCUGGCACGUUCGAAUUCGCCACGUCGUUCGACGUUGUGGAUGGUGUUGAUGCAAAAGACAACCCCGAGGCAAUGGAAGAAGCUGUGGACAAGGUCCGCCAUUUCCUGGAGGAGGCCGUGCGGGAGAAUUGCGAAGGUUUGAUGGUGAAGACUCUCGAAAAGGAAGCUACGUACGAGCCUGCAAAUCGUUCGCACAAGUGGUUAAAACUGAAGAAGGAUUAUCUUGACGGUAUUGGUGACUCGACAGAUCUAGUCCCGAUCGGUGCAUUCCAUGGACGUGGCAAGCGCACUGGUGUGUACGGAGCAUAUUUGCUGGCAUGUUAUGAUCCGGAUACAGACAUGUACCAGCCCAUUACAAAGCUGGGGACGGGUCUGUCCGAUGAAGUGCUUAAGAAGUUUUACGAUCAAUUGAAGGAGAGGGUCGUGGACAAACCUCCUAGUGACUAUGCUGUUACCGACAGCUGUAAGCCUGACGUUUGGUUUGAAGCGAGCUGUGUGUGGGAAAUUCUGGGUGCUGAUCUAUCCAUUUCACCGAAGUACACAGCAGCGAUCGGUCUAGUUGCCAAGGACAAGGGCAUAUCACUGCGCUUUCCUCGCUUCAUCCGUAUUCGUGAUGACAAGGAGACGACUCAGGCGACUAACUCUUCACAGAUCGCCGAUUUGUACCGAGCUCAAGGUCUUACGACCGUAACUGGUGAGGAGGAGGGUGAGGACGAUGAUAUGCUUAUCUAG